GGGACGGGGCGUACCAUGAUGCUUGCGCAAGGCUGCUGGAAGAUCAACUUGACCUUCUACGUAGGUGUGCUGUGUCAGCUUCCAAAUGGUCUGCGCAUUCAUCUGUGGCAUAAACGGCCUUUGUCUCGACCUUGACGUUGACGAGACCCUGGCCUCAGAGUACCAGGAGUUUGUUAAUUGGUGCAAAUCAGCGUCAGCAAGUGGCAGGGAGCAAUUUUCUCCAAGAUACCUGAAUAACAUGGGCCGCUCAUUAAACCGCCGAUUUUUUGCAACAGCCAAUGGAUUGAUUCUAAUGGGCGUGCCAAACACUCAGGCUGGUGACUAUCUCUGCAUUCUUUCUGGAAGCCCUGGAUGCUUUGUAAUAAGACAGGAAGGCUCUCAUUGGAAGCUUAUUGGAGAUGCAUGUUCUCGCAGGCUUAUGAAGGUGAGACGUGCUUACCAAUAUAGGAGGCCUGUACUGAUGAAAUCUACAGAGGGUGUACGUGGACAAAAUCAUAAAUCGAAACGAGUGGGAGGAACGAAGUCAAUGGUUCGAUAUCUGGUAGCUCGUUAACACAGAAGCAACGGUCAACAGCCGUUCUCUUAGACUUGACAAGCCCUUCACUUGAACCGGAGGGUCUCCUCAUCACGCAAUGUAAGGUAGCUGAAAAUUCAUUUUUAGCAGUUUCAUGUAUAGAGGCUGCUUGGAGC